AUGGAUUUAAUAACUUUACGUUUGCGCACACCCUGUAAAGAAUCGAGUUUUUCCCUAACAAACGCCGAGGAUAUUUUAGAAAGUCCUGACUUCGAUAUUAAUAAAAAAGUGGCUUUAUUUGUGCACGGUUGGUUGGGCAGUACGGAUGACGAUUAUGUUAACGAUAUGGCCAAUGCUUUUAAUUGCAGAGGAGAUUAUAAUUUUUUGGCUCUUAACACCUCACAAACCAUUAGUACCUUAUACACCUGGUCUGCUUAUAACACAGAAGAAGUUGGUCACCAAACAGCCAAAGCUUUGGCGAAACUAAUUGAUAAAGUUCCAAUAGAAAAUAUACACAUAAUUGGCCAUAGUUUAGGUGCUCAUAUUGUGGGCUAUAUUGGCCGUUAUUUCACCUAUGAGACUGGCUUAAAUUUGACACGUAUUACGGCUUUAGAUCCUGCCAAUCCCUGUUUUAAUGAAGGAGAAUCUUUGUCUGGCAUACAACGUGGUGAUGCCGAUUUUAUCGACGUUAUUCAUACAAAUCCUGGUGUAUUGGGGAAAUUAGAUCCUGUUGGUGAUGCUGAUUUCUAUGCUGGUGGUUUGGCUCCUAUCAAGCCAGGUUGCUUUGUUUUUUCUUGUUCUCAUUUUCGUGCUGUUAGAUUUUUUACUGAAUCCGUCUAUCCCGGUAAUGAGCGCAACUUUUUGGGUGUUCGUUGCACCUCGUUGUCCAAAUUGGAUGAUGGCUUUUGUCCUGGCCCCGAAUUUCCUAUGGGUUUAGUUGUUCCUCUUGGUUUAAAGGGUAAUUAUUUCUUGCCAGUUAAUGCUGAUAAACCUUAUGGUCAAAAUAAUGAUGGUCGUCCGGCAGUACCAAGUCAAUGUUUGGACUUGUGCAAAUAAGGAAAGGAAUUUUUAUUUUUUCUAUAUUAUUUUUAUUAAAUAUGCAUAUUAAAUAAAGUUUAAAAAUAUUAUACAUUGCAAAUUAAUAACUAUUGAGAGUCCUUAUAAAUUAAGGUAAAUCUAAUGGAGUUGUGAACCCGAAUUUCUCCAUCAUAUCGGGUUUUCCAGAUAUCGUGUCAUGAAAAUACGAUUUUGUUAAUAUUUGAGACGUGAUAACAGCGCGAUGACAACUCUUCUUAAUAAAAAUAUUAUUUUAACAAAAUUAGAACUUUUUAUUAAAUAU